AACCGGCGUCCUCUUUUCUCGAGUCGAUCUACUUCCUCUAAUGGCGAGCAACGAUCCCGAUCGCCAGGAGGAGGCUGCCGCCGGCGACGAUGAGGACACUGGCGCUCAGAUCGCCCCCAUCGUCACCCUCUCGGAGGUGGCCGUCACCACCGGCGAGGAGGAAGAGGACGUCCUUCUCGAUCUGAAGGCGAAGCUGUACCGGUUCGAUAAGGAUGGGAACCAGUGGAAGGAGAGGGGUUCGGGGAGCGUGAAGCUUUUGAAGCACACUGAGACGGGCAAGGUGCGGCUGGUGAUGCGCCAAGCCAAGACCCUCAAGAUCUGCGCCAACCAUCUAGUUGUUCCGUCGAUCAAGAUUCAGGAGCACGCGGGGAACGAUAAGUCGUGCGUGUGGCAUGCGUCCGAUUUCGCCGAUGGGGAACUCAAGGAGGAGAUGUUCUGCAUUCGGUUCGGCUCUGUUGAAAACUGCAAGAAAUUCAUGGAGAUGAUUGAAAGCAUUACUGAAUCCCUUGGAGAGAGGGAAGAGGAAGAGAGCGACGAUGCGGCAGCUGCUGCUGCUGGGCUUCUGGACAAGUUGAGCGUCGAUGGAAGCCAAAAAGCAAAGGCGGCGGCUGCGGAGGAGGAAGUUGCAGCUAAGGUGGAAGCCAAAGCUGAGCAAUCUACCAAGUCGGAGGAUUGAUGGUAGCGGAGGAGAGGAGAGGGUAUAUGAUAUAUUUACUUAGGUUGGAGAAGUUCCCAUGCUUUUAAGGGACACCAAAGAGUGUGUAAAAAUAUGACUUUGUAAGUCAUGAUGGGGUCGUGUCAGGUCGGUGGAGUCUCUCUCUUGUAUGAUUGAUUGGAGUGGUGUCGUCUGAGUGCGUGAUGGAAUAUCAUUGUCAUGGAUGCUAUAUGCCCCCCGUUGUUUGAAUGAUUUCAUUGGUAAAUUGCCUUUUUGUUUUA